UACUUUAGUUCGGAAUGCAGUUCCACAGGUUUAAGCUUCUUUGUGGUGCGUGCGGUAUCAACCAUUUUGUUGUUAGAGGGUCUGAUCACCAUCGCCGGCAAGCUCGGUCUGAAUCUCUUGGCCCCUCGCAAAAAAAUCAACAUCCUUUUGAUCGGGAACCAUUCUGCAGGGAAAAGCUCUUUCAUAAACUGGUACAUUGAAGAACAUGUCCAGAAAACAGGCGUUGCGAUCGAAACCCAAGGCUUCACGUUUGUCACCAGCGGCCGGAAGCGGGAAUCCCUUACGGGCAAUGCAACACUUCACUUGUAUCCACACUUCAAGGAGCUUGCCAAACUGGAAGGCGUUGUGGAAUACCUGACGACGGAGAUCAGCACCUCCAAGCAGAAACGCUUCAGCCUGGUCACGUUUGUGGACACGCCCGGUCUGGUGGACGGCGACAUGAAGUAUCCCUUCGAUGUGGACAAGGCUAUCGUUUGGCUCGGCAAUCUAGCGGAUCUCAUAUUUGUAUUCUUCGAUCCGAUUGGUCAGGCGCUGUGCAAGCGCACUCUGAAUCUGGUGGAGAAGUUGAACGAGACGCAUGCAGACCGUAUGAAGUUCUACCUCAGUAAGGCGGACGAGGCGGGGCAUGAGAGUGAUAGACAGCGAGUGUUGAUGCAGAUCGUUCAGGAGUUGUGUAAGAGACCAGGUCUGAAUCGAACAGGAUUUGACAUGCCAACCAUCUACGUUCCUCAAAGCUCAAGCAAGAGUCGGUGCGUAAACCAGAUUGAGACUGUGUGUGUUCAAGUUGAGAAGACAAUCAACCAGACUAUACAGAACACGCUGAACGCACUGGAGAAGGACUGCGAGAAUAUAGCUGACCUAAUAGACCAGAAACUAGAAGUAGACAGGGCGGCCAACUCUUAUAAUUUACGAGCUCGGGGCAAGGGGUUCAUCUUCUUCCUGCUAGGCCUUCUCCUGCCGGCGGCGCUGCUGGUCAACUUUCUAGCCAGUAACGUGUCCAACGACGUCCUGGUGUCCACGCUAGGAAAGGACGGAGCGGACACCUUGAAGAUUUAUUUGACACCAGUUGGGUCUUUAUGGGAGUCUGUACCCAAGGACUAUCAUGUAUAUGCUCUAGGUGGACUCAUAGUCGUCUCUUUGCUGCUUCUACUACUCGCUAAACUAUCAACCAGGUUAAGGUCCACUUUGAACCGUAAACAGAAGCGAGUUUUGAAGGAGGAGCAAGACUUUGUUCAGAAACAUGUCAAAGCAACCAAGGAGAAACUGUAUUCGGAGUAUUUACAACAGAGUGUUGCUUCUCAUGACCUCAACUGACCUCGCCUGACCUAUGACCUGACCCAAAUAAGAACACAAGAAAGUCUAACGUAGCAAGGAAGGAUUCAACUACAAUUUUCAUGCCAAAUUUACCUUUAGCUCUAUUUUCAAUUUAUCUUUUUUAUGCGAUUGUAUUUUACUAGAUUGUUGUUUAAAGCAGUACAGAGAAUGAACUUUUUUCAUAUUUUGGAAAUAAAAUAUAUUUGAAUAAUAACUGUCUUUGUUACUAUUUGCAUGGAUGGGUUUCUGGAAAAAGACAUUGAAAGUUUCAUGGAUUUUAAAUUGAAUAGUGAGGAAAGUUUGAAUUGUUUCUUUUAGGUUUUGAAAAUGAAUUUAUUACCUGUUUGAAUGAGUUAAAUGUUAAUUUGAAUAAAUUGAUUCUUGCUAAAUUUGAAUUAUUCAUGGGCACAAAUAAAUAUUUUCUCAAUUUCAAUAAAUGGAGUCGCUCAUUUAAAAAUAUAAGAAUUACAUGAUAUUGAACAAGAGGCUCAUAAAACAAAUCCGAGGCAACAGAAGCCUCCAUGAGGUACCAGGCCUGUUAAACACAAGUCUAUUAAACGCACUGCCUUAAUAUCAAGAAUCUUUACC